AUUACGAGUACGAGAUCAGCAUGUUCGACUAUACGGCAACGGUUGACAUCGAAGAAGACCAAAUAAUACUGCGAAAUGGCGUUGUAUGUCCGUAUAGUGUUGGUUGGUGUUUGGAUUCCGCGUACGGUUACCUCACCUGGGAGGUGGAUCGUCAAAAACUGUGCGAGAGAACUGAGUUCGAAAUCAUCUACGAGGGUACGGUCAACAAGACGUUCGGCAAUGACGGAAUCGCUAAUACGGAUGCUGUGUAUACCUUACUGACAAACGAGCAAAUGUUUUCCAUAAGGGCUCGCGAUGUGAAGCAAAUCUGCGGCUUUGACAGCUAUAAAACGGACCAUCCGAGGAUAUUCAUACUUGAGUUAAACGGUUAUCAAUCGCCGUUUCAACGCAAGGCGGUAAAUGGGAGAAACUUGGAUCUCUUUACCUACUUCAACUCCAAAAUAACUUUAGUGGAAAGUUACCUCGGGCAAAAGCUGAACGACGUCUACACAACGGUGAUGACGGAAUUGUGCAAAGUCGACACGGCGCUUCUAGAAACAAAACUAACGCUAGCACGUCUGAAUCCUAGCGAAUUCGUUUCUAAUUUGAUUAAACGACCUGGACACACGGCGGUAGUUGCCGCAGAAAUAUUGUACAUCAUUGAAUGCAAACCGGUGUUCGUCACCUAUGAGAAAAGAGAUGAAUGCUAUCAGGAAGUUCCGGUAAAAUACAACAAUCGCUCGAUGUUCAUAGCGCCAGUAACUAGAAUGUUACAACUGAAAGGCACCCAAAUAGUUUGCUCGCCAAUUCUUCCCGCGAAAUUCAACAUAGGAGGAAGAUGGUAUACAACAGAUCAAGGGCUACGAGAGACGACGGCACCGCAAGAGUUAACGACAGACAUCAUAACAAGCUGGUCCUACACCCCACUACCAAGUCUGAUGAAAAGUGGUGUAUAUGACUAUGAAAGUCUACAACAAAUGAAGGACAUGGUGUAUGAACAAAGCAAUAAGAGGAUCGCCUCUUCGGUCAUACACAAGAUGAUAUCUGGUCAGCAUCCGAAUCUUCAAGGCUUCACGUUUGAUACUCUAAUCCCCGAGAAUAUCAUUCACGGCGUGUUCGAUAAAUAUUGGUCUAAGUUCGUAUCAUGGUCAACGUGGCUGGGCAACGUCACGUCUACAGCAAUUGGCAUCUACAUGUUCACUCGAGUCGUUAAAUUCAUCAUUGACACCGUAAUUCAUGGAAGAAUCCUGUACGACAUCUAUGGCAUCGGUUGGCAGCUCUCAGCCGCAUUUUGGGAUUCGUUGACGAAUCUGUUAUCGCAUCGAAACCAUAUGAUGAAAAAGCGAUAUGAAAACGAACCACCAGAAGUCGUCACAAUCAACGAGAACGACGAAGAAGAAACUCAGGUACCACGUCUUCCAAACACCAAAACCAAGCUAUACCCCAACAUAUGCGCCAUCGAUAGUCCUCAAUAGCAGCGUCAUCCUACAAGUACGCCGCUCUUCAACUCAUCAGCCAAGCAUCGACACGCGUCCAAUUCAGGUAUCGGAGAGAGCUAAGUAGGUAAUAAUGUCGCGAUAUUUGGUAAAACUAACAGGUAGUUUUACCAGGGGUGGAAUGUUACGGACGCGACAAAAUUCACGAGCAUACGCGUGAGAAAAUUCAAACUAUAAUAAGAAAGGAAAAAGGUUCACUUUCACCAGGCAGGAGGCAUGCAAGAUUAAUCAAUAGCUGGCAUUGAAAAAUGUCACAUAGGGGUUUGGAUUAGACCAAAUUAGAUAAGAACAUUGGAAAGGUUUGUUCUACGGUAAUUAAAUCACGCGUUGCGUAGGUCAGGCGAAGGAGGUCUAAAACGGAAAAAUAGAAUAACCGACUCGAGUGCGUUCAACUCAGGGUAAGGAACGCAUGUGCAGCACAAUGACCUGCUUUCAAUAGCAUAAACAUUUAAUAACUAAAAAGGUUUAGGAUAGAGCACCAAAACAGAACCUAGCCAUGUGUUUAUUUAGGAUGAAACCAAAAUAGGGAAAGAUCAACGCGAUCUAACGCCACCGCGUUGCGGUAAGCGAGCAAGUAAUAAACACGUGACAAAGGACGGCUUGUUCGAGCCUUGAUAUUUUAAACAAUCAACUACCCGAAAUAGUUAGGCAUAGGGCAUCUCGAAAUGCUAAUAUCAAUAAGGUACCGAAACGGGUAAACAGCAUCCAUCUACGAACGAGAGGAAAACAAAUAGCGAUAAGCGCAAUACGCCCGCAAGCCGUAGCAUAUGGCAGGCAAUAAUAAACUUGCACUUGAUCCUUAAAACAAUUCCAUCGGGUAACCGCUUGCAUCUGAGUAACGUACGCACAGAAGCGGCAAGGAAACACGCGCCUAUGCGCUCGGUGCAAUUAACUAAACAAGGCCGAAUCGGAUCGCAUUACAGAAUCCUAAACUAACAUUAGGAGGUAAACUAGGAAUUUACCCUUACGUUCUUGAAACUAACACACACUUACUGCGUGUAGAAUAAGAACUAAUACCAUUACACUUUGUUAGUAUACAAGCUGGAUAAUUUUUAAUAAACCUUCACUUGUUAUCCGAACUCCGAACCUACGAGUCUUUUCUGUAGGCGAUUCGAGCGGCACUCCACAUUAGGAAUUGAUAUUGAGUUUUCAAUACACAGCCUACUGUCAGAACUGCUCAAUCGCCGAUCUACGGAAAAUAGCAUAUCAACGGCAAAAGAAACUUGCGCAAGAAGUUUCCAGUUGACUAUCCUUCGCGUAGUCAACUUAAUACGGCGGACCGUAGUCCGAUUUGUUCCCGUCAGUAAUACAAGACACGUUAGCCAAGACACCUUAGCCAAGACACCUUAGCCAAGACACAUUAGCCGAGACACAUUAGCCAAGACACAUUAGCCAAGACACCUUAGCCAAGACACCUUAGCCAAGACACCUUAGCCAAGACACCUUAGCCAAGACACAUUAGCCGAGACACAUUAGCCAAGACACCUUAGCCGAGACACAUUAGCCAAGACACAUUAGCCAAGACACAUUAGCCGAGACACAUUAGCCAAGACACAUUAGCCAAGACACCUUAGCCAAGACACAUUAGCCAAGACACCUUAGCCAAGACACCUUAGCCAAGACACCUUAGCCAAGACACCUUAGCCAAGACACAUUAGCCGAGACACAUUAGCCAAGACACAUUAGCCGAGACACCUUAGCCAAGACACCUUAGCCAAGACACAUUAGCCAAGACACCUUAGCCAAGACACAUUAGCCAAGACACCUUAGCCAAGACACAUUAGCCAAGACACCUUAGCCAAGACACCUUAGCCAAGACACCUUAGCCAAGACACAUUAGCCGAGACACAUUAGCCAAGACACCUUAGCCAAGACACAUUAGCCAAGACACCUUAGCCAAGACACCUUAGCCAAGACACAUUAGCCGAGACACAUUAGCCAAGACACCUUAGCCAAGACACCUUAGCCAAGACACAUUAGCCAAGACACCUUAGCCAAGACACAUUAGCCAAGACACCUUAGCCAAGACACAUUAGCCAAGACACCUUAGCCAAGACACCUUAGCCAAGACCCUUUAGCCGAGACACAUUAGCCAAGACACAUUAGCUAAGACACCUUAGCCAAGACACAUUAGCCAAGACACCUUAGCCAAGACACAUUAGCCAAGACACCUUAGCCAAGACACCUUAGCCAAGACACCUUAGCCAAGACACAUUAGCCAAGACACCUUAGCCGAGACACAUUAGCCAAGACACCUUAGCCAAGACACAUUAGCCAAGACACAUUAGCCAAGACACCUUAGCCAAGACACAUUAGCCAAGACACCUUAGCCAAGACACCUUAGCCAAGACACCUUAGCCAAGACACCUUAGCCAAGACACAUUAGCCAAGACACCUUAGCCAAGACACCUUAGCCAAGACACAUUAGCCAAGACACCUUAGCCAAGACACAUUAGCCAAGACACCUUAGCCAAGACACAUUAGCCAAGACACCUUAGCCAAGACACAUUAGCCAAGACACAUUAGCCAAGACACCUUAGCCAAGACACCUUAGCCAAGACACCUUAGCCAAGACACCUUAGCCAAGACACCUUAGACAAGACACAUUAGCCGAGACACAUUAGCCAAGACACCUUAGCCAAGACACCUUAGCCAAGACACCUUAGCCAAGACACAUUAGCCGAGACACAUUAGCCAAGACACCUUAGCCGAGACACAUUAGCCAAGACACAUUAGCCAAGACACAUUAGCCGAGACACAUUAGCCAAGACACAUUAGCCAAGACACCUUAGCCAAGACACAUUAGCCAAGACACCUUAGCCAAGACACCUUAGCCAAGACACCUUAGCCAAGACACAUUAGCCGAGACACAUUAGCCAAGACACAUUAGCCAAGACACCUUAGCCAAGACACCUUAGUCAAGACACAUUAGCCAAGACACCUUAGCCAAGACACAUUAGCCAAGACACCUUAGCCAAGACACAUUAGCCAAGACACCUUAGCCAAGACACAUUAGCCAAGACACAUUAGCCAAGACACCUUAGCCAAGACACCUUAGCCAAGACACCUUAGCCAAGACACCUUAGCCAAGACACCUUAGCCAAGACACAUUAGCCGAGACACAUUAGCCAAGACACCUUAGCCAAGACACCUUAGCCAAGACACCUUAGCCGAGACACAUUAGCCAAGACACCUUAGCCAAGACACCUUAGCCAAGACACCUUAGCCAAGACACCUUAGCCAAGACACCUUAGCCAAGACACAUUAGCCAAGACACCUUAGCCAAGACACCUUAGCCAAGACACAUUAGCCAAGACACCUUAGCCAAGACACAUUAGCCAAGACACAUUAGCCAAGACACCUUAGCCAAGACACCUUAGCCAAGACACCUUAGCCAAGACACAUUAGCCGAGACACAUUAGCCAAGACACCUUAGCCAAGACACAUUAGCCAAGACACCUUAGCCAAGACACAUUAGCCAAGACACCUUAGCCAAGACACAUUAGCCAAGACACCUUAGCCAAGACACCUUAGCCAAGACACCUUAGCCAAGACACAUUAGCCG